AUGUCGCCUCCCGAUCAAGCCGUGAAACUCGAAGACUUGCCUGGACAGGUCAGCAACAAGCUAUCCUAUGCCCAUGAAGAGGGCGAUCUGGAUGAAGCUUCCGGCCUGACUCAUGAGGAACUGGCAUUUGUUCGAGAUUUCCCCGAUGGCAAGAAGAAAAAAGUUCUUUGGAAGGUCGACGUUCGGCUGGUGCCGUUCUUGACCCUCUUGUACCUUUUUGCAUAUAUCGAUCGUGCCAAUAUUGGCAAUGCAAAAAUUGAAGGACUAGUUGAAGAUCUCGGCAUGACAGACGAUCAGUACAGAAUUUGUCUAAGCAUCUUCUAUGUCCCAUACAUCCUCUUCGAAAUCCCGAGUAACCACUACCUCAACAAAAUGAAGCGCCCGUCUAUCUACAUUGCCGCCAUCGUCAUUGCCUGGGGUCUCGUCAUGACCUUCUCUGGCCUUACCCAGAACUUUGGCGGUCUUCUGGCUAUCCGUCUAUUGCUCGGAGCAACAGAGUCUGGUUUCUUCCCCGGUUCAAUUCUCAUCAUCUCCAAAUGGUAUCUCCCCAACGAGACGCAAACCCGUAUCGCGGUUUUCUAUACGGCUUCUGCUCUGGCCGGCGCUUUCAGCGGAAUGCUCGCGGCCGGUAUCGCCCAGAUGGAUGGUAUCGGUGGUCUGGAGGGGUGGCGCUGGAUCUUCCUCCUCGAAGGAAUCGUCACGGUCUUACUGGGCGUAGUCACCUACUUCUGGCUUAUCGACUCCCCAGCCCUGUCGAGCGGAUGGCUUGAGCCUGAUGAGGUUCGCUAUCUAGAACUCCGCCAGCGCGCAGACCCAUCUCGUCGAGCCAUGGCGCGUGCCAAGAACGAGGGCACCGGUUCUGAUACUCGCAAAGCGUUGAUCAGUGUUCUUUGCGAUUGGCAAAUUUGGAUGCAUGGAAUCAUCUACUGGUCCAACACCGUGCCGAAUAACGCCCUCAAGUUCACCAUGCCGCAAAUUGUCCGCAACAUGGGCUUUGAAGCGACUCGCGCGCAACUCCUGACUAUUCCCCCUUACAUCAUCGGCGCUAUAUCCGCAUUCGUUUCUUCUUGGUUCGCCGACCGCUUCAGCUGGCGUAUGCCAUUCAUCGUUGGCCCGCAGCUCAUCGUUAUUGUGGCUUACUCGGUCCUCUUUGCUAUGGCUGGUGAUAUCACGAAUAACGUCCCCGCCUGCUACUUCAGUAUCUGUCUAGCGUGUUUAGGCCUGUACCCUAUCAACCCCUGCGGUAACGCAUGGAACCUGAACAACCUGGCUGGUCCUUCUAAGCGGGCAAUGGGCAUUGCUUUUAUGCUAUGCAUUGGCAACGUUGGAGGCAUCAUCGGUGGUUUCAUCUACAUCGACAGCGAGAAGCCCAAGUAUCCAACAGGUUUCGGAUCGAGCUUGGGCUUUGUGGCAGCGGGUGUCUUGGCUUGCCUCUUGGUUGAGGCUCUGUACAAGUACAUCAAUACCCAGAGGGCUAAGAUGACAGAGGAGGAAGUCUUUGCCAAGUAUACGCCCGAGGAGUUGGAUGCCAUGGGUGACCGAUCGCCAUUGUACAGGUACACCCUAUGA